AUGAAUGAUCGAGAAAAGGUAGAGAUGUUGUUAUUCCUUUUGCAGAAUGUGGAUGUUUUUGCUUGGAGUCCACAUGAAGUGCCCGGCGUAGAUCCCGAGUUCAUUGUCCAUAAGCUUAACAUGGACCUAUCAUUCCCCCCGAAAAAACAAAAACCGAGAAGAGCAUUGAAGGAGCAUGUUGACGCGGUAAACUUGGAAGUCCAAAAGUUGAAGGAGGCAGGAGUGAUAAGAGAAGUAUUCUUUCCGAAAUGGUUAGCAAAUACGGUGGUAGUAAAGAAAAAGAACGGUAAAUGGAAAGUUUGUGUGGAUUUCACAAACUUAAAUCGGGCAUGUCCUAAAGAUCCAUUCCCAAUGCCCAAGAUUGAUCAAUUAGUAGACGCCACAUACGGGCACCCGAGGAUGAGCUUCUUGGAUACUUUCCAGGGGUAUCACCAGAUCGCCUUAGCGCCCGAGGACCGAGAAAAGACCGCAUUUAUCUCCCCGGGUGCAAACUAUCACUAUGAAGUCAUGCCAUUUGGGUUGACGAACGCCGGAGCCACGUACCAGCGGAUGAUGACGAGGAUGUUCCAAGAGAAACUUAGGUGCACAGUAGAAGUAUACAUUGACGAUAUGGUGGUAAAGAGCAGAAAGGAGUCGCAACAUACGGAAGAUCUCCGGGGUGUAUUUGAGAUACUUCGGCAGCAUAAGUUGUGCCUGAACGCCGAGAAGUGUACUUUCGAUGUGGGGGCUGAUGCCGAGACGAGAUAUCUGCCCCUGGAGAAGUUAGUGUUGGCACUGGUGCACGCCACGAGGAAGUUGCCACAUUACUUUCAGGCUAAUACUGUAUUCAUCCUCACCGAGUAUCCCCUGCAAUCAUUGUUAAAAAGAUCAGACUUCACGGGCCAAAUAGCCAAGUGGGGAACUCGGUUGGGUUCAUUCGACAUAAGGUACCGGCCACGAAACUCGGUGAAGGGACAGGUUCUUGCUGAUUUCACUGCAGAAUUUACCCCUAAGAACAACGGAAAGAUAAUCUGUAAUGCAGAAAGUCGUCCGUGGAAGGUGUUUGUAGACGGCGCUUCGAAUGCUAUAGGGGUCGGAGCCGAUAUUGUCAUAACCACCCCGGAGGGCAUACAACCAGAACAUUCCUUCAGAUUAGAAUUCAAAGCCUCAAACAACGAAGUCGAAUACGAGGCCUUUCUAACCGAAUUGAGGGCCGUAUUGCAUCUGGGCACGAAGGAUGUGGAGAUUUAUUCAGACUCUCGACUAGUUGUUUAUCAAAUCCUAGGAAGCUUUGAAGCUCGGGACUCUCGGAUGAAAGCCUAUCUGAGCACAGCUAAGCAAAUCAUUAGCAAGUUUGGGACAGUGAAGGUGGCCCAGGUAGGUCGGGCACAAAACAGACACGCCGACUCGCUGGCCACGUUGGCCUCGUCUACUACCGAGGAUAUUCCUCGGCUCGUCAAAAUAGAACUUAUAAGGGAGCCAAGUAUCGAUAUGAAAAAUGACUGUAACCCGGCCAAGGUUGAGGUGGCCAUGGUGUCAAUAGCCAAUCCGUGCUGGAUGAACCCGAUCAUAGAUUUCCUAGCCGAGAAUAAAGUUCCGGACGAUGAAAAGGAGGCUAAAAAGAUUCGUCAAGUGGCUCCCCGGUAUUGGCUGUCGGCAGAUCGCAAAUUGUACCGAAGGUCUUUCACAGGCCCGUACCUUUUAUGCGUACAUCCCGAGAAAGUGAAUGAACUUCUGACCGAGCUGCAUGACGGAGUGUGUGGUGGCCAUGUUGGGGGGAGGUCUUUAGCACACAGGGCAAUGACCCAGGGGUUUUGGUGGCCACAGAUGCAGAAGGAUGCCGCGGAAUAUGUCCGGAGGUGUAAACAAUGUCAAAAACAUGCCCCUCUGAUCCACCAGCCAGCAAGUCGUCUAAACCCCGUCAGCAACCCAUGGUCGUUUGUACAAUGGGGGCUGGACAUCCUCGGCCCUUUUCCCCGAGUAACAGGGUUUGAGGUGCCGGACUCACUGAUAUUAGACAAUGGGCUACAGUUUGAUAGCAAAGGUUUUCGGGCCUUCUGUAGUGAUCUCGGCAUUAAGAACAAAUAUUCUACUCUGGCAUACCCUCAAAGCAAUGGCCAAGCUGAGGCAGUGAAUAAGACGAUUUUGAACGGGUUGAAGAGAAGGUUGGACGGGGCAAAAGGGAGGGCAGAGGCCGUGAUACCGACCGAAGUGAGCCUGUGCAGUGCACGGGUUGCAGGAUUUGACCCCGUCCAGAACGCUGAUUUAAUGAUGGAGCACUUGGACUGGUUAGAAGAAUGCCGGGAGGCAGCAACCAUACGGCUCGCGGAAUAUACAGAGACUUGCCCAAAGAUACAACCGAGAUAUAAAGGGUAG